GUGUGUGUGUGUGUUUGUUUUUGUGAAUUAUGAGGACAUUUGACAAGAAUACACGCAACACUGUGAGGACAUUUUGAAUUAUGAGGACAGGGUCGGUGUCCUCAUAAUUCUGCCAACGUAGAAGUGUUUCUAUGGGUCUAAAAAGCUGAAAACCAAAUUUUCUCCAAAAGUCCUCACAAUACACAUAUACCAGAAUUUGUGUAAAAUCUGUGUAUCGCUCUAGCACCCCUGUAGCCAGGUCCUGGUAUUGCACCCCUGAUGAAUUAUUCACACUUGUGUAAAUUUUAAAGCUUCUGAUUGGCUGCCGGGCGGAAGGUACCCACAAUUACGGAUUGUGACAGAAAAGUUGUGUAUUUACUUCGUCCUGAUUGGCUGACUGGUAGAGGGUCCUCAUAAUGUAGGAUUUUGUCAAUUGUGUGUAUUUAAAUUCUCAACACCGAUGAGGUGACCGCUAAUCAGCCAAUGAGCUGCAGCCCCAAGCUUCCUGGCUUCCUGCUACAGCGUGAACACGUUGCCAUUUAAUUGUCUACUGCACUGGAGACACGAGGUAAGAAUGAAAGCACACUACUAUGUUUCAAGUCCAUAAAGUUUGCAAUCCCAGUAAGGAGAACACUGUAUGUCAACAGCAUGUAAACCAGCUAGUACUAUCUUAACAUACUAACUGGUUAAUUUAUGUUAGCACGACAUGGUAUGCUAGCCUAGCUUAAAGAGCUAUUUAAAGAGCUAGGUACAUGUUAGGUACACAAGCACAUGUUAGCAUUAAGCAUAUAAGUUUUCAUUUAGUCUUUGAAACAAAUAUAUUAUACCUAACAGCACAAGUAGAUAUUGUGCCUUGUGUUUUUUAACCUGCUAAAUUCACUUUUAAUACAAACUAAAAGACAUGACUUCCUAUGCUUGUUCUUUUGUCACAAAGUAAGUGGUAUGUAUUAAAAUAUAAUGUAGGUGACAAUGCAUGCACCUGAUGUAAAUUUCAGAUGGUCUUAAUCUAGUUUAGUGUAGUUAAACAGAAACAGCAAGUGAGUUGAUGUUUCUGUCUUGAUCCUUGACUUAAGGGGGAACAGUGUUUAAAAUGUUUUACUUGCACUAUUGCACUAUGACAAAAAGUUAGAUGUAAAAUGUUUGGUAACAGGUAAAACUGACAUACUUAAGUUCUUAUUUAUUGAUCAAAGGCAUCAUCUUUAUUGAAACAAAGCGAGGCAAUGAGGCCGCAGAGGGUGAAAGUAAAACCAAAAGAAGAGGCUGCAUACUUUGCAUCCUUAGGAAAGGACAAGGAUGGAUUUGAUAUCCGUUUUAUAAAUUCAUUCAAAGGUCGAGGAGUAUUCAGCAAGCGGCAUUUUGAGAAAGGAGAGUUCCUCAUCGAAUAUCGAGGACAGGUCAUAUCUAAACAAGAACAUGAAAACAGGCUACAUAUAUACCAUGAUGCCCUCAAGGUGUUCAUGUUUGAAUUUCGGUAUAAUGGAAAGAAUUUGUGUGUUGAUGCUGCUCAAGAGGAUGACUCCCUCGGCCGACUUGUAAACGAUGAUAAUGUGAGCCCAAAUAGCAAAAUGAAGACGAUCACUGUCAAUGGGCAGCCUCAUUUGUGUCUAUUUGCAACAACGGACAUCAAGCCUGGUGAAGAGAUAACAUACAAUUACGGAGACUCUGACUGGCCAUGGAGGUUAAAGUGUCCCACAGUGAAGGAGCCGGUUUGUUCUGGGGAUUUGGUCAGCCAUGGAAAAAUAAUUGCAACUGACAAGGAGAACAUAACUGAGGCAGAUCCACAACAUGCUUCUGUGACCAUGACAUCUAACUCCUUGAUCGAUGACAAACAGGUAUCAGCUGCCACAGAUGGUUACCAUGCAGAAGAGGCCAAGAUGUGUGUUUCCCCGAGUGAAACCAACGAACAGGACAACCAAACUGAGACAGAUCCACAACCUGCUGAUGCAAACAAGACAUCUGACUGCUUGACCGAUGAUAAACAGGGCUGUAAGCAUGACUUGGUCUCCACAGUAGUACCGAGCUUGGAAAAAUGUGCCCUGUGUACUGGACCCUUUUCUGCCUUGAAAUGGAUUGGUGUGAGAUGUAAAGUUUGCUCCUGCUUCUGGCACAAAUCCUGCUAUGUCAAGAGGAUGAAGACUGACUCUGAAUUCCCGCCAUUUGUUACUGAAGGAGCAAGUUCAAGUGAAGAGAUAUCAGAUGAGGAAUAUGUACCUGACUCUUCCAGUGACUCAGAGAAUUCCGGAGAUAUUUCAUUAGGGCCUUCAAAAUCUUUUCAAGAAGUGCCUGAUAUUGAAGUGGUCUGCACUGAGCUUCCCUCUGAAAAUCUGGAAAACACACCUUCCCAAGAACACCUCUUAGAUGAAGUGACAUUACCUGAUGUUAGAGAAGCAGACACUACAUUGCAGCUUGAGAAAACUUGUGAUGACUCCAAGCAAGCCUCAGGAGGGGUUCAGCCUGAAGUUCAGAAAGGCAGUGUUGAAGAUACAUUUCAGACCACUGAAGAAACUGGAGAAGACCACCAUGUACAGUCUUCAGGCAUAUCCUCUUCUGCAAGCAAGAUAAAUUAUUGCUACAUUUGUGGCAAACCACAGUCAAAAAUUACUCGUCACCUGAAAACCCAUGAGAAGACAAAUGUGGAAGUUGCUCGAGUUUUAGCAUUCCCAAAACACUCCAAAGAACGACAAAGACAGCUGAACAUACUACGGAACAAAGGAAAUCAUAAACAUAAUACAGAUGUUUUAACAAGUGGGACUGGAGUGCUGAAAAUGAAACGAAAACCCAAGAAAGUGCAAGACGUUAAACAGUAUGUGCAUUGUACGUAUUGCCAUGCUUUGUAUCUUCGGAGGCAUCUGUGGCGACAUCUUCAAAAAUGUCUCUCAAAACCAGGAGAAACCAAAGGAAGGAACUAG